UGGUCUGAAAUUUGUUUUGAUGAUUUCUAGGUCAAGUUUGAAUAUGGGUCAUCUGGGUAAAAACUAGGUCACACCGCCCAAAUAUGGAAAACCUUGUUAACACUUUAGUGGUCACAAUUGUCAUCAAAUAUGAUCAGGAUGCUUGUCUAGGUAAUUGCUUGGAUAACUUUGAACAUGGGUCAUAUCGGAUGAAAAAUUAGGUCACAGGAGCUAAAAAUAGAAAAAUCUUGUUAACACUCCAGUGGCUACUGUUUUUAUCCAAAUAUCCUGGAAAUUUGUCUGAAAGUUUGUUUUGAUGAUUUAUAGGUCAAGUCUUAAUAUGGAUCACCUGGGGUCAAAACCUAGAUCACACUGCUCAAAUAUGGAUAAUCCUUGUUAUCACUCUAGUGAUCACAUAUUUGACUCAUCUGUCAUGAAACUUAGUCAGAAUGCUUGCCUAAGUAAUAUUUCGAAUGAGUUUGAUGGGUCAGAUGAACGAUCUAGGGCCAUCUUGCCCCUUUGUUAGCUCAACUUUGUUAGGUCAGGAUUGUUGAAUGUCCGUCCUCCGUCCACAUUUGUUUGUAACACUCUAGCAGUCACAUUUUUGCCUCAAUCAUCAUCAAACGUGGUGGUCAGGAUGCUUGUCUAGGUAAUUGCUUAUAUGAGUUUGAAUAUGGGUCAUCUCAGAUGAAAAACUAGGUCACAGGAACUAAAAAUGGAAAAAUCUUGUUAACACUAGUGGCUACUGUUUUGAUCUAAAUAUCCUGGAAAGUGGUCUGAAAAUAUGUUUUGAUGAUUUCUAGGUCAAGUUUGAAUAUGGAUCACCUGGGGUCAAAAACUAGAUCACACCACCCAAAUAUGGAAAAACCUUGUUAACAGUCUUUAGUGGUCACUUUUUUGACUUAGUUGUCAUUAAACUUGGUCAGGCUGCUUGUCUAGGUAAUAGCUCGGGUGAGUUUGAACAUGGGUCAUCUCGGAUGAAAAACUAGGUCACAGGAGUUAAAAAUAGAAAAAUCUUGUUAACACUCUGGUGGCUACUGUUUUGAUCUAAGUAUCCUGGAAAUUGGUCUGAAAGUUUGUUUUGAUAAUUUCUAGGUCAAGUUUGAAUAUGAGUCAUGAAACUUGGUCAGGAUGCCUGUCUAGGUAAUUGCUCGGAUGGAUUUGAUGGGUCAGUAUAUUUUAGAAAGAAGCACACAGAACCAUGUCCAGUUUGGCAGAUCAACUCAGUGCUGUGAAGUUGAAGAAAUCAAAAGAACCAAUCAAAGAUUUUUCAAGCCCUAAAACAGCUGGAUUUCUUAAGGAAGAAGAAAUCAAAGAGUAUGAAAGAUGUGUGUUGGAGGUGAAUACAGAACAGUGGAUUGAUCUUCUUAGAGAUGAAACAUUCCCAACAGUACUCUGUCCAUUCCUGCUUGAAGAAGCCCAAUUGUUUAUAAGCAUCUAUGAAAGACUGUAUGUUAACAAGGAUAGUGAUCAUAUUUGUAAGACAGACUGGAAAGACAAUCUAACUGAUAGUGAAACAAUACUUCUUGAUACCCUAGUUUCCCGUCUUCAGUUGUCAAUGGAUACAUUCACCAAGGACGGUUAUGCUUUUGUAAAAACCUCAAGUCGUAGUGCGAAAGAUGCACCUCUCGUUCAGAACCAUCUGAAAGAUUUGUACAAGAAUGAACUGUCAACUUUUCCAGCUGAGGAACGAUCAGAAAACAUUCAAAUAACUUGUCUAUUGAAGGCUGCCUUUAUAGCGCUAAGAGUGAAAACUGCCGAUGAAGUACUAGAUAUGUUUAUGCGAAGUGAACGGAUAUAUCAGGACCUACUUUUAGCAGCAGUCAACCAAAAAGAUAACUAUAACGAACAUUUCGUUAUUAGAAAAUUUGUGGAUAUUGAUGUUGAUAUGGAAUUUCGUGGGUUUGUCUCAAACUACGAAUUAGUCGCACUAUCACAGUAUAAUUAUGCCAUUUGCUCAGACAGAUUGGUUAAAGAGAAAGAGAAAUAUGGACACAUGGUGAAAGAGUAUUUUAACACAGCUGUACGACCAAAGCUGAAGGAUUCAAAGUUUCCGAAAGAUUCCAUUGUUGAUUUUGCAAUAUGUGAUCAAGGUGCAAAAUUAUGGGUAAUUGAGGUGAACCCGUUUCUUGAAACAACAGAUGGAGCCUUGUUUAGCUGGAAUCAUGAGAGGGACAUACUGGAGGGAUCACAGGGGUUUGUGUUCAGGAUAACAGAGAAACCACGGCCAGGGGCUAAAACCAUAUUACCUCAGAGCGUCAAGGGACUUCUUGAAGACAAGACAAUUUAGCAGUUUUGAUAAAUUCUCAGAUCUAAGCAGUGAAAUGGAUUUAUUAAGC